AUGCUUUGCAAUAGUGUUGGGCGUAUACCGGUCAAACCGGUCACUAAUUCAGUCGUGCUUAUAAGGGCGAACUCCAAACUAGCUAAGAAAGAUUCAGACUCCAGGCUAACUUUACUUCAGGAAGUUUCCAACAGGCAACGGUUAUUUAUUACAGAUCAGAUCACUCCAGGUUCUGCGUUUUUCCUACCAAAUGGUACUAAGAUAUACAAUAAGUUGGUCUCUUUUAUGAAAACUCAACAAAAACAUCUAUUCGGAUUCAAGGAAGUCAUAACACCAUUGAUUUAUAGGAAGUCGCUAUGGGAGCAGUCAGGGCAUUGGGAGAAUUACAAAGAAGAUAUGUUUAGAGUAGAAGGUAAUGACCUUACAAAGGAAGAAUAUGGUUUAAAGCCGAUGAAUUGUCCUGGUCAUUGUGUAAUAUUUAACAGGUUUGAUCAUUCCUAUAAUGACUUACCAAUCAGAUAUUCAGACUUCUCACCUUUACAUCGUAAUGAAGCUUCUGGAGCACUUUCGGGUCUCACAAGAGUCCGCAUGUUUCAUCAAGAUGAUGGCCAUAUAUUUUGUACUCCAGAUCAAGUCGAAGUAGAGAUUCUUAAUUGCUUAAAGCUUGUAGAUAUGUGUUAUACAAAGGUUUUUCCUAUUUCUGGUGAGCAAAGUAAGAGCAAAGAUAGCUAUGAGAUUCAUUUAUCGACAAGACCAGAACACUACAUUGGUGAACUUGAGAGUUGGGAUCAUGCUGAGGAGGUAUUAAGGUCAGUUUUAGAAAAGUCUAGUAAGCCAUGGAAAUUGAACGCAGGAGAUGGUGCGUUUUAUGGCCCCAAACUGGAUAUUAUGGUGAAGGAUCAUCACGGAAAGCAACACCAAGUGGCGACUAUACAACUAGAUUUUCAACUACCACAAAGAUUUAAUCUGAGGUAUAAGGAUCGUGACAACAGUUAUAAAAGACCAAUUAUGAUUCAUAGAGCAGUGCUCGGUUCUGUAGAACGCUUUAUGGCUAUGUUAGUUGAGUCAAAUGGUGGUAAGUGGCCCUUUUGGUUGAACCCCAAUCAGGCAAUUGUAAUACCUUUGAAUACGAAUAAUGAGGAGCAAGUAAAGAUGGCUAAGCAAUUACAUGACAAGUUACGUGGCAAAUUAGAAAUUGAAGAUAACCUAAAGCCAGUACCAAUUUCUCAUGUAUCAUACAAUGCUGACAUUGAUAUAAGGGCAGAACCGGUUGGGUACCGUAUCAAGGAUGCCAUAACAAAGAAUUAUUCAUAUCUCAUCAUAGUUGGAGAUAAUGAGGUUAAAGCACAGAAAUUUAGCGUAAGAACGAGAGAAAAUAGGACCCCAGUUCUCAUGGAUACAAAUGAAAUCUUAGAGAAGUUCAAAGAUUUGGAGAGUAAUUAUAAAUAA